CUCAUUCCCCGAUCAGAUCAUCUCAUCAUCCCAACGAAUCCUCCAACAGCCCCUCCAAUCCGAACCCUCCUCAACCCAUUCCGACAAAUAACCAAAAGAGAGAAGGGGAACCAAAACCUACCAAAAACAAGCCAAAAUGUCCAAACAACCCCUCAAACUCCUCAUGCUACACGGCUACACGCAAUCCGGGCCGCUCUUCCACGCCAAAAGCCGCGCCCUAAUCAAGCACCUCACGAAAGCCUUCCCCCUACACGACGUCACAGCCACCUACCCGACGGGUCCCCUGCGCCUCAACCCGGCCGACAUCCCCGGCUAUGAGCCCACGCAAGAAACCCCCGCCGAGCCCCUCGAAGCCUACGGCUGGUUCCGGCGCUCCAACACUGCGUCGCCGCCCGAAUACCUGGGGCUCGAGGACGGGCUUGCGGCCGUCGCAAAAGUCAUGUCCGAGGAGGGCCCCUUCGACGGCGUGAUCGGGUUCUCGCAGGGUGCCGCCAUGGCCGCCAUGGUGGUUUCGUUGCUCGAGCCGGGCCGGAAGGAGGCGUUCGAGAGGUUUUUGGAUGCCAGUGUUGCGUCGGAGGGGAAGGCCGAGGCUGAUGCGGUUGUCUCGGGGGUGCCGUUUCCGAAGGCGUUUGAGGGCUUGAGUCACCCGCCUUUCAAGUUUGCGCUGUGUUAUAGUGGGUUCCGCUCGCCUGGCGCCCGGUAUCGUGGGUUUUACGAGAGUCCGGCGUUGCAGACGCCGAUUUUGCAUGUCUUGGGGUCGUUGGAUGCGGUUGUGGAGGAGUCGAGGAGCAAGGCGCUGGUGGAGGCUUGUGCGGGAGAUCCGGAGAAGGAGGGGAAGGUUGUUUGGCAUCCAGGUGGUCAUUUCUUGCCGAGUCAGAGGCCGUAUUUGGAUGCUGCGGUGCGGUUUAUUAGGGAGCAGUUGGAGGGUGGUAACAAGAAGGAUGCCGAAGAGGAGGAUGUGAAUGAUAUGGACUUGCCCUUUUAGAUUAUAGAUCUAGACUUAGAGUGUUUUGCUUUGUCUUCCUCUAUAGACGCCCAUGGAGAUUGUCUGAUGAUAUACGAUUAGCUUGGGGAAAUGGCAUGGCAAUCGCCGGCGCAGCAUCAUGUAUAUAGCAUGCAAAAGCAUUAAUCCAUUUCUAGAUAGUGUCUCGUAAUUUUACACGCCGUGAAACCAGCGCCAUUGCAUAAUCGCUGACCACUUUCUAAACCAACCCGCUUAACGGGCCUUGCCCUUCUCCCGAGUGGGGAGGAUACGGGCCAUCAUCUCUUCCUUGGUGAUCAAGUGAUCAAUGCGCUCCAAGAGCCCCAAGAGGCUCUUCAUGUCGCUACUCCAUUCGUUCAACACGUCAUCAGCAUCGCGCGGCUUGGCGAAGUUGAUCAGCCGCGCGGGACGGUCGAUC